UCUUGAUAAAUUGUAUUAAAUGGUUUGAGUGAUCGGGCAGUACAACCGAUUCAGAAUUAGACACCAAUAACGGUGGGGUCCACUAUCCUCUAUAUAUAUAUAUAUAUAUAUAUGUAUGUAUGUAUAUAGCAAAAGCAUCACAAUUUGAUGGAAGAAGCACCAUUGACCUAAAUGAGACAUUUCAACACAAUACUCAACAUAGCAUGCCUCAAAUAUAAGGUGUCUCAAAUAUGCACCCUCAACCCCAAGCAACUAAACCAAAUCCAAGCCUACAUUGUCAAGUCUCCCAAACCCCACUUUUUAAACUCAUUGCUUGGCUGCUUCACGCACUCAUCCACCCCACACAAUGCUCUCAUCCUCUACAACCAAAUGCUCCACCACCCAACUUCACACAACCACUUCACAUUCACCAUUGCCCUCAAGGCAUGUUCUUUGGUCCAUGCAAUCUCAAAGGGUCUUGAAAUCCAUGCUCACAUCUUCAAAUCCGGUCAUUCUUCCGACAUUUUCAUCCAAAGCUCCUUAAUCCAUUUCUAUGUUGUAGAAAAUGACAUUGUUUCGGCUUGUCGAAUAUUCGACGCCAUAGCUCAUCCUGAUGUUGUUUCAUGGACUUCGAUAAUUUCAGGGCUUUCUAAGUGUGGUUUUGAAGAGAGAGCCAUUGCUAAGUUUUCGUCUAUGGACGUAAAACCUAAUUCUUCCACACUUGUAAGUCUUGUGUCUGCAUGUUCUGGCGUAAAAGUCAUUAAAUUUGGUAAAGCUGUUCAUGGGUAUGUUUUAAAGCAACAAUUCAAUAAAGAGAAUGUCAUUUUGGACAAUGCAAUACUGGGUUUGUAUAUGAAAUGUGGGUCAUUGGAAGCUGCACGAUAUCUGUUUGUGAAUAUGCCUAAGAGAGAUGUUUUUACUUGGACUAUAAUGGUGGGGGGUCUAAAUAAAAGAGGGUUUUGUGAAGAGGCGAUUAGGGUUUUUCAAGAUAUGGUGGAAAGAGGAGAAGUUGAGCCUAAUGAGGCCACCAUAGUUAGUGUGCUGACGGCGUGUUCUUCACUUGGUGCCUUGAGUUUGGGUCGAUGGGUUCACAACUAUUUGAUUUCGCGACACGAUCUUACUGUGAAUGGAAAUCUGGGAAAUGCAUUGAUCAACAUGCACUCCAAGUGUGGUGACAUGGAUAUGGCCUCUCAGGUGUUCAACAUGCUUACUUGCAAGGAUAUAGUGUCAUGGAGUACCAUCAUUAGUGGCAUGGCCUUGAACAGCCUUGGUGAACAUGCUUUGCCACUCUUCUCGCUCAUGCUAGUUCACGGGGUACCUCCUGAUGAUGUAACCUUUAUCGGGGUGUUAUCUGCUUGCAGCCAUGCAGGGAUGAUUGAUCAAGGGUUGAUAUUCUUUAAAGCCAUGACCAAUGUGUAUGGGAUUGUACCCCAAAUGCAGCAUUAUGCUUGCAUGGUUGAUAUGUACGGUCGAGCAGGGCUGUUGGAGAAAGCAGAGGAUUUCAUAAAAGAAAUGCCGGUGGAAGCAGAUGGCCCGGUUUGGGGAGCAUUGCUUAAUGCUUGCAAAAGUCAUGGGAAUGAGGAGAUGUUAGAGCGGAUCACCCGGUGUCUUCCUAGGACCAAAGGUGUGAGCACCGGAACUUAUGCCUUAUUAUCAAACACUUACGCUAGUUCUAGUAAAUGGGAUGAUGCUAAUAAGAUUCGAGAUGAAAUGCGUAACAUGGGGUUGAAGAAGACGGCUGGAUGUAGUUUGAUUGAGGUUGAUCAUUGAUGCAUCUAAUCCAGAAGUCUCCUGAUCACUUGAAUAAGUAGUACUGCUUUGCAGAUGCAGAAUAUUAGUCUGCAAUUUUUGUCAUUGGUUUUAACUGUAACAAAGGGGAACUGUCAAGUUUUGUACAUUGACUGCCAUGUUGAUUUAAUAUCUUCUACUCUGUAUUAUUAUUAUUAUUACUAUUUUCCAAAGCAUAUAAAAAAAAAAAAAAAAAAAAAAAAAAAAAAAAAAAAAAAAAAAAAAAAACAA